AUAAAUCUUUUUCAUUCUGAACAGAAUUCCUUGUACUGGAUAUUCCUUAUGGCUAGCUGAAAAAAGACUUACUUGGAAAACCUUUGUCAAAUCUUUUCACUGCAGACUUCAUUCAGGAAUAUUUUUGCUCAUAGAAAGAAUGGGCAGAUAGUUGCAAAUCCGCCUUUCACCACAUAUAAGCUAACCUGUGGAGACUGAAGAAUGGAAAUAGUUGAUGACAUCCUACUUGAGAAUGGAACCAAUAUUUCUGCUUUCCUGUGUGAUAUUGUCAUGGAAAAUGAUACGUUUUUCUGUGUGGAUGACUCACCUCAUCUUGCUAAAGAUUUACAUCAAACAGUUCGAAUUCUGCUAUAUUCGUUGAUAUUUUUGCUCAGUGUCGUGGGGAACAUGCUGGUAAUUACAGUGUUGAUAAGAAACAAAAGGAUGAGGACCGUCACUAAUAUAUUUUUGCUGUCGCUGGCUGUCAGUGACCUAAUGCUUUGCCUUUUCUGCAUGCCUUUCACCCUCAUUCCCAACCUGCUGAAGGAUUUUAUAUUUGGUAGUGCUGUUUGUAAAACUGCCACCUACUUCAUGGGUGUCUCAGUAAGUGUAUCUACGUUCAACCUGGUUGCCAUAUCUUUGGAGAGAUACAGUGCUAUUUGCAAACCCUUGCAGUCCAGGGUAUGGCAGACAAAAUCUCAUGCCUUGAAGGUGAUUGCUGCUACUUGGUGUCUCUCCUUUACCAUCAUGUCACCAUACCCAAUUUACAGCAAACUGGUGCCUUUUACAAAAUAUAACAACAGCACAGCUAACAUGUGUCGCCUCCUUUGGCCAAGCGAUGUCAUUCAGCAGUCCUGGUACGUUUUCCUGUUGCUCAUACUCUUUCUUAUACCUGGUAUUGUAAUGAUGAUUGCAUAUGGCUUAAUCUCUUUGGAACUAUACAGAGGAAUAAAGUUUGAUGUCAGCCAGAGAAAAUCUUCACGAGACAGGAAAGCCAGCACCAGUAGCAACAAAUAUGAGAAUGGAGAUGGUUGCUACCUGCAGAAAACCAAAAAGAAGAGAAAAAUGCCACUGCAACAGCUUUCUGCCACCAGCAGCACCAAAAUAGACAGGGUCAGAAGCAACAGCUCAACUGCCAACUUGAUGGCCAAGAAGCUUGUCAUCCGCAUGCUGAUGGUGAUUGUGAUUUUGUUUUUCCUUUGCUGGACUCCCAUCUUCAGUGUAAAUGCCUGGCGUGCAUUUGACACCACAUCAGCAGACCAACUUCUCUCAGGAGCUCCUAUCUCCUUUAUUCAUUUGCUCUCCUACACUUCAUCCUGUGUGAACCCCAUCAUCUACUGCUUCAUGAACAAGCGUUUCCGGAUGGGCUUUCUGGCCACUUUCACCUGCUGUCCCAAACAAAAGCCUCCAGUAAUAAGAGGAGAUAUUGGAGAUGAGGAGGAGGGGAAGACCACAGGGGCAUCUCUCUCCAGGUACUCUUACAUGCACAUGAAUGCGUCUGCUCCCCCAUGAACUGCUACAGAAAAGGAGAGGCUACACAUGGCCAAGAUAAAUUCAAACCCUUAUCUUCUUGUCUGGUCUUGGAAAGAUGACUAAGGUUUGAUUUGUAACAUGACUUAGUUCUGAAGAGAUGAAAACACCACAGUUAAGCAAUUAGCUGGUAGGAAAUGCCAAGGGAAUUGUAUGGGUCAUGGACACUGCUAGGGUCUGUGCUUUGUGUCACCUCCAUUUCUAAAAAGAGACUGGAGUUAUUAGGCUCUGUGGAGAUGAGGGACUUUGAAACCAGCCCUCCAGCAUGGUGCAUUUGUACUAAAGCCUCCUGUAAACAUAUUCUAUAACUUGAGGGUGUCCUUUCCACCGGCAGUUUGGCUCACCCUUUUCAUGCAAAAUUGCAGUUUUUAGAGAUAGCUCAGAGUAUCUCUUGACAAUUCCAAGACACUAAUAGAUUGGGGUUCCUUAUCAGUCCUGAUUACAAAUUUCUAUUUUUAUAUUUUAUGGUUAAAUACCAAUUCCAUGAAAUCAAAAUAUAUUGGCUAUUUGCAUAGAACUCUUGGUCGUCCUUAUUUUAGCUGAGCUAUCACCCUUUGAAAUUCUUGGUUUAAUGGUCAAUUAAAAAAAGAUAUUGCUGGAGAAAAGAAAGGGCUAUUGAUCCAAAGCAAUGGGUCCAGGACACUUUUAAAGUAGAUUUAUUUCAUUUUUUUUGGUGAAAGUUAACAAGAGAAAUAAAAACUAGUAAUUUUACAGGCAGAUGAAAUACACUUGUCCAGACAGCAGCCUGUGACAGCUUUUGAAGUGUUAUAAGUAUUCUGAGAAUUUAACAUAUUUUAGCUUUAAACAGCAAGCGGAAUGUCUAAAGGCAUGACUUUCUAAAGUGACUUUCUUCCGUGCACAUGCAUAUACUGGUGCGCACACUUUUCAGCACCCGUGCAUGCAAGUGACAGAGUCUAACACCAGCCCAGUUGAGUGUGUAGAAAUGCUAUUACCAGCACACACAGGUGCUAGUGAUGGAAAAGUGCACACAGAGGUGUUAGCACACACAACUUUGCAUAUAUGAGAAGGAUACUGGGGUGAAGUCCUUUUGAAAAAUCAGGCCUGAGAUAUUAAACGUAAAUUAUUGCAAUAACAACUUUUACAGCAUAUCCACAAUCACAUUGUGGUAUUGCCCACACAUGAAAGUAGAAAUGGUUAAAUGGAGAAAAGAAGUAAACAACAAUAAAAAGCAAGGACUGAAGAAUUGGGCAUGAUGUCAGAAAUGUCUAUGGAUUUAUGUGGAGACUAUGGAAGGAUUUCUCUCUCCUGAUAGACAUAUCUGUGUAUACAUAUGGCAUAGACUAGAAAGAGUCACGAAUUGUGUACUUCAUCUGUGUUUUGUUAUGUAAGGAAUCCAAUCUCCUCUUAAUUGUUCAGUGUUUGGGUGAGCUUGGGUGUUCAGACAAUACACAUAGUUCUCCAGACAGGACAGUCAAUCUUACAUAAUUUAUACUGCAUUUUAUUUUGUUUUGUGAAUGCUUCUUGUUGAAGAUUCUUCUACCUUCUAGUUUAGAAAAUGUAAUUUUUAAAAAUUGGUAUUAGAUAGAAAUUAGACUUUGGUAGUAAAUGGAAAGUAGAUGUGAAUGUUAAAGGCAAGCACUGUCAAGGUUUUUAAUCUUAAAAUUUGACCUCUUCCAGAUAGAUUUUAAAUUGAAGUAGCACUCUUCCCGCACUUGUGCUAACAUUCUUGACAUUAAUCUGACCCUCUGUCCUUAUCAGGCAUAACUCCUAUUGAAUUAAUUAUGAAAGUUUUAUCUAAGUAAGGGUGGAGGAUAGACCCCAGCCUGGUGUGCAGGGCACUGUAUAAUUUAUAGCUAUACAGCAAGUUGAAAUUGUUAAACAAAACCAGCUAUGUUAAUUUUAGCUUCAGUCCAGACUCCACUGGGUAGAGAAACAAUUUCUUUUUAAAUUGAAAAGCACAGUGAGUAGGGAAAAAAUUAAUAAUUUCAAGUUGGAAAUAUAUUUCAUUCCAUAGACAUAGCAAAAAAUCAAAUCAUUUUCUAUUUAAAAAUAUACUUGACAGUGUCUUUUUAGCAUCUCAUAAAGUAAAUAUAAUUCUGUACCUUUCAGAUGUUUAAAUCCAUUAUAAAGUGUAGUUUAUAGAUGGUUAUUUAUGUAAAGAAAUCACAUUUUUAUAACAGAUGUGAAUAUUGCUGACUAUAUUCAGUUUAGAGACAAGAUGUAGUUUGGAAUUCUAUGUCCAAUGUAGGAAAAUAUUCCUAUUAUAAUGUAAAUUUUCUGGUACAAUCAGAAUAUGUUGACUUGCAUGCACACCAUCCCACCACACUGAUUUACUUGGCAUAAUGCUUGUUUUUUUGCAGGGGUGUGUGAUAGUUUUAGGUCUACAGAUGAAAAGUGUGAUGUAACAAAGGCUUAUUUUGAUCAUUGGGCCCAUGUGGCUUGCAGUACUAGUGGCCAGAACAUGAACUAGGGAGCCUCUGAUUGUUGUGAUUGCACAUCAGUUGAGGGAGGAGAUGAGGUAGGAAAGAGGUAGUGGGAGGAGGGGACAAAAAGAAAGAAUCAGGAGAAAUAUACCAAGGCAUAAGGCAUAGCAGUGGUGGGGUGGCUGCAGUCGAGGAAUAAGGAGAAUCAGAGAAUGGGAGUGAAACUUACCUAUUUCCGUCGGGAGGGUAAAUGCUAGAGCUAGGGGGAAAAAUUUCAGCAAACUGUUUAUUCACUGAAAAAUGUAUUUUUGGUCACAAAACUAUUCACAAACUCAGGCUGAAUUCAGCAAAUAAUUUAGGCUGAAUAAAAAAAUGACAACAGUUUUAAAAAAAUCAUUUCAACAUUUUUGAAACAAAGAGUUUUGACUUUUUGUUUUUGUGACAUUCUGUUUGAAAAUUUAGAUAGAUUUAUUGCAAAACAUUUAAAAAGGGUA